AUGAACGGGUCAUUGACAAGUCAACUACGACCAGAACGCGCAACAAGUUAUGCACACUUUACGGAAUACAAUACAUUUCGGCCUCUUGGUUGCGAAAAGCUCAUGAUGCAAUCAGAACAUAUGCUGAGAAUAAAUAUAGAUGAUUUAGCAUCUAUGAAGGCUCCUGCCAUGCUGGUGGUGCAGAUGGGCCUUGAAUGCCAUCAUACUUGUUGGAAUGUACACUACGCCUGGCUCUUGACACAUCACACAAGGUUUUCUGCCAAAAUCAUACGCAUUCAGCUCAUUGUGGUGAAUGGUGGGGGCGAGAACAUGGUUCCAAAAAGUGUUAUUGUCAGGCCAUUUCCGUGUCCUCUGUGCCAACGGCAACAAAGGGUUAGCAAUGCAAAACGGACACUUGAAAUUCUUGAGUAUUUCUGGCACAAGGAAUGGUGUCUUGGAGUUUGA